AAGCCAGAAUUCCCGCUGCCCACUGUUUGCAAUUUUUUCUAGCAAAUGGCAUUUGAAAAAAUCCAGUUUUGGCGGGGAAAAAGCGACUCUGGCAACACUGGCUGGAACCGAAGGAAGAGAUUGAAAAUGUAACUAAAGUGAAACUGACGCAACUUGAGCAGCAAAACAAGCAGCUGCAAAUAGAUCUUAAGGCGCAAGAAGUCAAGCUGGUACGAAUAAAGCUUAAUACAUUCCGAUGUUAAUAAAUUCGUUCAAUACUAAUUUUAAUCAGGUCUUGAAGGUUGAGCUAUCAGCAUUAACUAACGAAUUCCAACAGCUAAAAACCAACUUUUUUGCAAAGGUCAAAGACUGUGCACUAUGCGAAAAAAAAGUAGCCGAUUUGGAAAUGAAGUUGCAAAAGAGUGCAAAGUUAAAUUUUAAGAUGGAACAAAAACUUGCCCAGGCUGAGGCAAGUUAUAUUAAAAUGCAACAAUUUGAGAGCAUUAUAGUGGCAUCUUAUGAUAGAUCGAUAGCACAUCAUAAACAGUCACAAAUAUCGCAAGAGUGUGACAGGCAACAAUUCCUCGACAACAUUAAUCGCGAAGCUGCUAAGGAUAACGACGAGGUGUUAUGGGAGUCGCUUUUAGAGGAGAACAAAGCCAAGACCAAUGGCACCCAGCAACAGAAGAUGCAGCCUGUUGAUACAAUGGAAAUUGAUGCUGCGUCCGACGAUAGUAUUCGAAAUACAGCAAUUACUACAGGGCCAUCAUCAUCCUCAUCAACGGCACCAGCUGCAACUGCAAAAUCAGUAGACGAAUUUAAUUUAAAAAAGUCAGUAGAUUAAGGCUUUAUUGUACCAAUG